AUGACCAUAGCCGUGUUACCCAUAAGCUGUGCCUUUUCAAGGCGUCAUUUGCAGUUGAGUUGUCGAUUUGGUGCGUCAAAAUGGCUAUCUCGACAGUCUCUGUUGAGGAGAUAUUCGACCUCAGGCCUCGGUGGAAAUGGAGAAUAUCUCAGCCGAACAAGAAACAUUGGGAUAAUAGCUCACAUUGAUGCCGGGAAGACUACCACUACUGAACGAAUGCUAUAUUACAGCGGCUUUACUCGAAGAAUUGGUGAUGUGGAUGACGGUUCUACAGUGACGGAUUUCCUACCGGCAGAGAGAGCUCGUGGGAUCACCAUCCAGUCCGCUGCAAUCACCUUUCACUGGCCCCCACAGCAGGAAGAGUCUGCGAACAGCCUAACCUUGGAUGUUUUGAAGGAGAAGGGAUUACCGAGAUCUGCCAUUUCUCAUACCAUAAACUUAAUCGAUACCCCUGGCCAUGCGGAUUUUACCUUCGAGGUCUUACGAUCUCUCCGUAUUCUAGAUGGAGCUGUUUGCAUCCUGGACGGCGUUGCCGGAGUUGAAGCACAAACAGAGCAAGUCUGGCGUCAAGCGUCGACCUAUGGUAUUCCGAGGAUCGCCUUUGUCAAUAAACUGGACAGAGAAGGUGCUGCUUUUGGCCGGACGGUGAAGGAGAUCGGUGCCCGGCUCGGAGGCUGGCCUGCUGUCUGUCAAAUUCCUUGGUUUGAAGGCGGCGAUGGCAAACUACAGGGAAUUGGUGAUGUUAUUUCGCUCCAGGGGAUGUUAUGGGAGCUUGGGGGUGACGGCAAAAAGAUAUCAGUGUCAAACCUAGGUACCCUAGAACAGUUCGACAAGCAGUUUGCAGAAGAACUGAAAAAGGCUAGGAUUGCACUGGUUGAGCUCCUAAGCGAACACGACGAUGCAAUGGUCGAAAGCUUUCUAGAGCACAAUGAGGACCACCUGGCGGUCAAACCGAUAGAGAUCCUCGAAAGCCUCCGCCGCUGCUUACUAGGGGACCCUGAGAACAAGAUUAUCCCCACCUUUGCGGGAGCCAGCUUCAGGAAUAUCGGGGUUCAGCCAUUGCUCGACGCAGUGGUGAACCUACUUCCCAGUCCCUUAGAACGACCAGAUUCAGAAAUUAGUAUUGGUGGGGUCAGAUGCGGCCUAAAUGAGUAUCUUGAAGGGAAACUUGUUAUUGAUGCCUCGGGCGGCCAAAAGGGAAAAAAGGGUGUAGUCCCACGACCGAAGCCCGCGACAUCUCUCCAAAAGCUAGAAGCGUGCGCACUUGCUUUCAAGGUUGUCAGUGAUCCCAAAAGGGGCGUCCUUGUUUAUGCACGCAUCUACUCAGGGACGCUGCAUCGGAAUGCCUUACUAUUCAAUACCAAUCUCCAAGUCUCCGAGAGAGUCCCUCGCCUGCUCAAAAUGUACGCCUCAGAUGCCGUUGAACAGGAAUCUAUCUCGGCUGGACAUAUUGCAGUUUUCGUUGGAUUGAAAUAUGCUCGAACCGGAGAUACCCUCCUUUCCUAUGCUGGAAACAAGCAAAGCCCGCCUGAGCCCCUAAACACCCUACAGCUUCGCCCUAUAAACGCCCCUCCUCCCGUGUUCUUCUCCAGUGUUGAGCCUCACAGUCUCAGCGAGGAGAAGAACCUCCAGGCUUGUCUGGCACUCCUUUUACGAGAAGACCCGAGUCUGCGCGUGACGUUAGAUGAAGACUCUGGCCAAACCCUGCUCAGCGGUAUGGGUGAGCUUCACCUGGAAAUCGCCCGAGAUAGACUUGUGGGAGAUUUCAAGGCGAAGGCCUCUAUGGGCAACAUCGAAAUUGGCUAUCGAGAAUGCAUCGCUGACACAUCUACGACAACGUCGAAGCUAUUUGACAAGGAGAUUGCGGGAAGAAAGGGAAAGGCAGGCUGCGAAGUUAUUGUCCAGCCACUCUCUGAGGAAGGGGCACCGAGUAAUGAGGGAUGCCAUAUCUUUACACAAAACGUGGAUGGCAACCGUGUCACCAUUAAAUUGCCCAGCAUUGGAGAUAAGAAGGGAAAACAAGCAGAUGAUAUGUUCCCAUCACAUCUUUCGCUUGAUGUGGUUAAAAAUGCCCUUCUUGCCGGCGGUCUAGCUGCUCUAGCCCGUGGAUCUAAAUAUCAAUUUCCUCUUCACGGCGUCGAUGUGACGCUCACCUUUAAUCUGGAAGAGCAUCUUUUUGGAACAGAAAGUACUGCAUCUGCUAUUUCAGCGGCUGCUAGACUCGCAACACAAGCUGCAUUGAGAGAUGUGGCACCCUCGUCGGGCCUCAUGGAGCCAGUCAUGAAUGUUACGAUUAGUGUUCAAGAAUCAAGCUUAGGCUCCGUUGUCCAUGACAUUUCCUCCUCUAGAGGAGGCCAUGUCGUUUCUCUUGAUGAUGACGUUUCUUCUUCUUCCUCCACAACAUCAGAGGAACCAAACACCGUUGACGUAUCUAAGAUAUAUGCUCCAAGAGAUCCCUUUGGACCCUCGUUAUCGAAUGAAAGUGCUUCUACCUCCUUAUCAGCAACUAACCGGUCAAGAACUAUAACCGCCAAAGUUCCAUUGAAGGAAAUGGUGGGAUACUUGAAACACCUGAGGAGUAUAACUGGUGGUAGAGGUACGUUUGUCAUGAGCGUGGACCGCUUCGAGAAGAUGGGCAGCCAGAGGGAAAAGGCUAUUAUAGCAGAGAUACGAGGGAUAUAG